AUGGAAGACAUGGAUUUCGGCCGGACAACGAUCAACGAGGAGAUAGGCAUAUCGAUUGACGGAGGGAAAGCAAUAUCGAUCGACAUGUCGACAGAAAUGUCGAUCGACAAAGAACAUCAAACAUCGAUCGACAAUACCCCGCCGGAAGCAGAAAGAGAUAAUAAAUGGAAAUUGCCUUUGCAAGACUAUUUAAAUCCUGGAAGUACAUAUUCCAAUAGGUCUGCAAUUAGACUACCAAAAGAUGAUACCGAGAGAUUUGGGAUUAGUCCCAAAUACUUAAUCAUGGUACGUCAAAACCCUUUCCGUGGGACCGUCUCAGAGCGACCACAAGAUCACAUCGAAUAUCUAGAAGAAUUGAUAAAGGACGAGUACAAUCGCUGUAAACUAUUUCCUUUUUCCUUAGAAGGCGACGCCAGGAACUGGCUGAACCAAAUACCAACAGGAUCUCUGACCUGUUGGAAGGAGAUAAGGAAUGCUUUUAUAAAUCAAUUUUUUGAUGAGGCGCACUACUGGGAUGCAAGGUGGAAAAUCUCCACAUUCCGUCAAAACCCACGAGAAUCAUUCAGAAAUGCAUGGGAGAUAUUCAAGAGCUACCAACUUGAAUGCCCCCACCAUGGCUAUUCAGAGCCGGAACUCAUUAGUACCUUUUACAGAGGUGUUGACCUUCAUUACCAGAUCACGCUCGACACAGCCAGUGAAGGGAACGUAAAUACCAGAAACCCUGAGGAGGCGAGGCGUUUGAUCAAUAAUAUAGCUACGGGUAGAUCCUACGAAAUGAUGGACGUAGAGUUAGGAAGAAAAGCUGACCCAGAUGAUGAGUCACCUUUACUCAAAAUCAAAGAACAUCUAGACUCGCCCCAUCCUGCUCUUGAGGGACAGAACCAAUUUGGAAUCUACCAAAUUGAUGAUUCCACCUUAUCUGAACUAGAACAGCAAAUAGAUUUCGUAGAUAGCCAUACCUUGAAAAAUAAUUACCCUAACCCCUAUAGUUUUACCCAAAAUUACGAUGCUAUUGUUGGAUCACGCCAGGGAAGAGAAAAAUCUAGGCUGAACCAAUCUUUCACGGGAAAUCGCAAAUUGGCCACUGACCUGAACGGAAAGAUAGACAUAGUCUUCAGUGAGCUGAUGAGGAAGUUCGACACUUUAAGUGUACAAAUUAAGAGGCUGGACAGUCAGGUCGCGGAAAACGCCGCCGCCAUCAAAAGAAAGACAGGAGGUCUCCCUGGCCGGACUGACGCAAACCCAAAACAUCAGGUCAAUGCUGUGUUAUUUAGAAGCGGAAAACGCCUCAUCCCGAGGGCAAUAGAAAUCAACAACACAAAGAAACAUGUUGUGGUUGAGGAAACCGGUGAAAGUGGGUCACACCCUAUAGACCUCGAUGAUUCCAGUACCGAGUCAGGAAUACCUCGAGAAAGACAGAAGCCCAACAUUGAGAAAGAGGCCAUCGAACUCGAGGAAGAAGAAGGAGAAAUAGAAGAGGAUGCCGAAAUCGAUCGACAAGGAAGAACAAGUAUUGAUCGACAAAACACGGUUAGUAUCGAUCGACCCUCUGAAAAAAAUGUCGAUCGACUCCCGACUCCGACUGACCCGGUAAUUGAAAGGAUGUAUAGGACUCUCCCACCUUUCCCUCCUAACAAGACGCAAACUAAACGAGAGCUAGAUAAAGCAAUCUGCAAGAAAGCAUUCGAUAAGAUCACGUUGGAAAUGCCAUUGAGUGACGCAUUCAAAGUAUUGCCUUCAAUAAAGAAUGCCUUGAACCUCAUGCCACAUUCUGUCGCUAUAUCCCUAGGAUACGACAUGUUCAUACCUAUCAAAAUAACUUUGAUUUUGGCCGAUAUAUCCGUUAGACUACCUGAGGGAGUGCUUGACGACGUGCCAAUAAGGAUCAACGGCUGUCACGUCCCAACGGAUUUCGUAGUAUUGAAAUACCAAAAUGAACCAAAGGACCCCCUUAUUUUGGGUAGACCAUUCCUAGCCACUGCUGGUGCGAUAAUCGAUGUCAAGGAGGGUAGGAUAUGUCUGAACAUUGGAAAUAUUCCAAUGACUUUCGACAUGGACAACCUGAUGAGACGACCCUUGAUCGAUAAACAGACAUCCAACGUGGACGACAUCAGUGCAUUGGCCGAAGGAUCCUUCAUAAACUCAUGCUUAGACAAUCCUUUGGAGAAAGUAUUCACAACUGGUGAAGAGGAAUCUUUCAGUGUCGAUAGUAGAGCUGAAGAAUAUACACGAUUAAUGGAUGCAAGCAUGGAAACAGCAAGCGUUGAUGACAUAGAGGAUGACAAUGGUCAUGAGAAGAAGGACUGCUGGGAACUCAUAGGUUUUACAGGGUGGUGGAAUGAGCGAUCUGAACGAGGUGCAGCUGGUCGUGGAUCUCGUACUUGUGGUGAAAAUAAUGGUGGUGGACGUGGCAGAGGACAAGCUUCGGCAGCUCAUUGA